CGGCAGGAUCUUCUCUCAACCAGGAGUGAUCAUGAUGUCCUACCUGAAACCAGCACCGUACACAGUGAAUGGGCUCAGUCUGGCUACUACUGCCAUGGAGCUGCUGCAUCCCACUGUGGGCUAUCCAGGAACCCCCCGCAAACAGAGACGCGAACGGACGACGUUCACACGCGCGCAGCUCGAUGUGCUCGAGUCCCUUUUCUUAAAGACGCGCUACCCGGAUAUCUUCAUGCGUGAGGAGGUGGCCAUGAAAAUCAACCUUCCUGAAUCUCGGGUACAGGUGUGGUUCAAAAAUCGAAGAGCGAAAUGUCGUCAGCAGCAGCAGCAAUCCCAGACCACCAUGCAGAAUAAAACCCGAGGUGUCAGUAAGAAGACUUCUCCAGUCAGAGAUGUGAUAAACCCAGAGAGCAGCAGCAGCAGCAGCAGGAGCAGCAGCAGUGGCCCAUUCACCAGCACAUCAAGCACCUCCUUACCAGGCAUGUCCUCCAGCACAGCCCCAGUGUCCAUCUGGAGUCCGGCCUCCAUUUCUCCGAUCUCAGAGCAGCUCUCUUCUUCUUCUUCCUCUUCUUCCUCCUCCUUCACCUCCUCUUCCUCAUCUUUAUCCUGUAUGCAGCGCUCUUACCCAGUCACCUACACGCAGGCGCCCGGAUACAGUCAACACUACGCGGGCACAGCGUCCUAUUUCAGCGGAAUGGACUGUGGCUCCUACCUUGGGCCUGUGCAUCACCACCAGCUGAGUGGCCCCGCAUCCACCCUGAGCCCAACAAGCACGAGUACAGUCAGCAAUCACCUGAGUCCUUCAUGCCCACUCACACCUCAGGGCUACGUAACUUCCGGUCCCGGGAUCAGCGCAGCGUCCGACUGCCUAGAUUAUAAGGACCAAAGCGUGUCUUGGAAGCUCAGCUUCAAUCCCGACUGCUUGGAUUACAAAGAUCAAACCUCUUCGUGGAAAUUUCAAGUUUUGUAA